AUCUCUAUGGCUGCAUCAUUCUGCAGGUGGCAGCAAAACGCAACAGCUAUCAGCAGCUCCAUAAAGAGAAAAUCUUGAUGUUGCCCCAUCUUCAACGUCAUCCUGCUGCUAGCUGGCCGCUGAUUCUCCGACCACAGUUUCCUAAAUCUCGUAAAUUGAAACCAACAAUCAUGUCAUUUGCUAGCAGAAAAGGUGAAGAAGAUAUGAAUCUUAAAGUUGAUCGGCUGCUAUAUCUUGGUUUGGAUUUUGGUACAUCUGGAGCUAGGUUUGCUCUCAUUGAUAAGGCUGGGGAUGUUAUUGCAGAAGGGAAACGGGCAUACCCUCUUAUUAUGAAAGAGCAAAGAUGCAGUGGAUUGGGUGAGCUCAUGGAAGAUGACUCUUUUCUCACUUCUCGAGGAUGUCCCUAUUACUCUACGCCCUUCAAUUGCCUCAAUCUCUAUAGACGGGACUUCAGCAACAACUAUAAUCCUAGACAGUGUAUCAGAAGAACCACUUUGUAGACCUUUCCUCUACAAUGAGAAUUGCUCGGAUGCUUUAGCGACUGUCAAAUCAAUCGCGCCUUUGAAUCACACAGUUUGUUCUGGCACCUCUACCCUGUGUAAACUUGUAUACUGGUGGACAUCCACUAACACAGACAAAAGAUCUGCAGUGUUGUUGCACCAGGCAGAUUGGUUGCUGUGGCUUCUUCAUGGAAAGCUUGGGGUGACUGAUUAUAAUAAUGCAUUGAAGGUUGGCUAUGACCCUGAGCUUGAGAAAUACCCUAACUGGCUGCUGUCUCAGCCAUAUUCACAAAUGUUGCCAUCAGUACAGGCUCCUGGGACUAUUAUUGGUCCUUUAAAGGAAGGGAUUAGAAACAAAUAUGGUUUCUCAAAAGAAUGUGCCGUCUGCACUGGGACUACUGAUAGCAUAGCUGCUUUUCUUGCAGCGCGAGCCACAGAACCUGGAAAAGCUGUCACAUCUCUUGGUUCAACACUUGCUAUAAAACUACUAAGCAUUAAUAGGAUUGAAGAUGCGAGAUUUGGAGUGUACAGCCAUCGUCUGGAUGAUAAAUGGCUUGUUGGAGGUGCUUCAAACACAGGUGGAGCAGUUCUUAAACAAUUAUUUACAGAUGAGCAAUUGACCAACUUAAGUGAGCAUAUUAAUCCUCUGGAAGCAUCUCCACUAGACUAUUAUCCUCUGCAAGCUGUUGGUGAAAGAUUUCCUGUUGCAGAUCCUGAUUUGGAGCCCAGGUUGAAUCCCCGUCCAGAGAGUGAUGUUGAAUACUUGCAUGGUAUACUUGAAUCGAUUGCUCGUAUAGAGGCAAAAGGGUAUAGAUUAUUGAAGGAACUUGGGGCAACAGAAGUUGAAGAAGUGUUUACUGCAGGAGGUGGUGCAAAGAAUAAGCAAUGGAUAAAGAUAAGAGAAAGAGUUCUUGGUUUGCCUGUUAAACCAGCACUUCAGACUGAAGCUGCUUAUGGAGCUGCUCUCUUGGCAUUCAAAGGAUGGGAUACAAACAAAAUUAACUAAUUUGCUCUAAAUCUUUUCAAUUAUUGUAUUUACAAUUAACCAUAAAUCACCUUAUACUUUGUAUAAUUCCAUCACAUUAAAAACCAACAAACCCUUUAAAAUUCUUAUUGUUUUUUUUUUGUUGCUGUUG